AUGGCUGCUGUAUUCGUCCCACCGUCGCCCAAGACCUCUAUGAACAUGUCGACCCGUCGUCCAUUAGCCAACGUACCGAAUGCAACCAAUUCUCCCCACAGGACCGGACUCGUGCCGGCCAAACGAGUUCGGUCUAAUCAACUCGAGAUUUCUUACGGUCAACCACCGCCGAAGAAGCAGGUGAUGGAAGCGGCGGAACAAAAUCGAUCGUCGGUGGUGCAGGGUGCCGACUCGAAGCUCUUCGCCAGAAGGCCAAACAAUGCCAACCCAAGUGCCUUUGAAAAGAAGCUCGUUGCUGCCCGCGAUAAGGAACGCCAGCCACAAGUUAAAGCUGUGAAGGGCGAGAAGCCGUCCGCUGACACCCUGGACACAAUUCGUCAAUGGCAACGCCACUACCGCAAAGCUUUCCCACAAUUCGUGUUCUACUUCGACAGUGUCCCAGAGGAUGCCCGCCGCAAGUUCUCUCGACAAGUCGCUGCCCUUGGAGCUCGUGAGGAGAAAUUCUUCUCUCGUCUAGUCACUCACGUUGUUACAUCACGUCCUAUCCCUGCAGGAGUUUCUGUCACGAGUCCGACCGAAGUGGAUGCCGUCGAUGGCAAUGGCGAUGGCAAUGUGCAAACCGUCAACCCCUCCUUGCUUGAUAAGAGCGCCGACUGGUUGAAGCAUGAAAUUCGUCGUGACCAAGCAAGCAAUGAUGUUUUGCAGAGAGCUCGGCAGAUGGGCAUGAAGAUCUGGGCCUUGGAGAAGCUACAACGCAUGAUCACCACGAUCAACGACAACGACCUUGGUGGCCAGAAUGAUCCUGCUGUUAGGAGCAGGAACGCAGGUGCAAGCACUGCCAACGGUCGGGGUGAAAAUGAUCUUUCGCGUGUCCUUCGACAGGAGCUGAUGAACGGACCUUCUGAUCGUGAUCCUUUGUCUUCAAUGGAAAUGAUCGUCUUCAAGGGUCCUUUCAUCUACAUACACGACAUGAAUGAAAAGACCAAGCCUGUCAUGGUGCGAGAAUAUUCUCGAGUUGCAAAGCGCCAAGAUGGAGCCUGGCCGCAGUUCAGGAGCGCCCCCUUGGGCAAAUGCCCAUUCGUCGAUGAACCUCCAAGCCGAAAAGAAUACGACAGACACCGCAUUCGUCAAUCGCAGAAGGAAAAGAAGGCGGCAGCUGUGGCCGAAACCCGUCAGAAUGUCCCAAAGACCAUCGAACAGGAACAGAAAACCGUGGCCAAGAUCGACCCAGACCAAGCAAAUGUAGUGUGUGAGAGGGAUGAAGAAUUCGACAGCAAGCCUCGGGCUGAUGAGACUCAUGAACGCAAAAGCUCGGAAAGCUUUAUUCCGCCACAUUUCCCUCGGUCUGGUCCAUUUUACACUGGUCGUGAACCAGCAGCAUCUGGCGUGCAGCCAUCUAACGUUACCUCCGCCAUUCGAUCUCAAAUGAUAUCAUCUACCGCCGCUGCCCCAGGCGCAAGAGCAGGUCUGAGCAAGGAAGUCCAUGGACUGAAGCGAAAGGUUCUCGAAAGGGGCACAGGCAACAUUGCACAUGGAUCUAUGGCUGCUCCCGAACGCCCCAAUGGGUUGGCAAUGCAUCUCAAGACUCAACACAGCCACGCUACCAACCCCGCCGCAGGAGCGCGUCAUAACCCAGAGGACCAUAACCAAGAAGGGGCCGGCAUAAAGCGCCGUCGGGACGACAGCCAUGAAAGCGAACAAAAGAAGCCAGAAAGACGCCGAGAUCCUAAGCCAGGGUACUGCGAAAAUUGCCGAGAUAAAUUUGACGACUUUGAAGAACAUACCUUAACACGGAAGCACCGCCGAUUCGCCCAAAACGCCUCUAACUGGGUGGAACUUGACGCUCUGCUUGCCGAGAUCCAACGGCCUCUUAAAAAUGAUCUCGAUCGAAUUUCCUGA